CACCGCUGCCCACCGCUGCUGCCAUCGCUGCUGCCACCGCCAAACCCACCCCCUUUGAUUCCCUAUCCUUACCCUCUGCCUCUCUUUUCUCUCACCUACUAUUCCUGCUCUCUCCCGUCUAAAUAUCCAAUAGACGUAACGCUGUUCCCCAGCGAACACCACAAGCAUAUAUACAAUGGCGUCAAAGUUCCUACGAGAAUACAAACUGGUUGUUGUCGGCGGUGGAGGUGUGGGCAAGUCUUGCCUGACCAUCCAAUUGAUACAGAGCCAUUUCGUCGACGAAUAUGAUCCCACCAUUGAAGACUCGUACCGCAAGCAGUGUGUCAUCGAUGACGAGGUCGCCUUACUCGACGUUCUCGACACGGCUGGCCAGGAGGAGUACUCGGCCAUGAGGGAGCAGUACAUGCGCACUGGCGAAGGAUUCCUACUAGUGUAUUCCAUCACGUCCGAGCAAAGUUUCGAGGAAAUCCGCACUUUCCAGCAGCAGAUUCUACGGGUAAAGGACAAGGACCCCACCGACUAUUUCCCCAUGGUCGUCGUAGGCAACAAGUGCGAUCUAGAGAGCGAGCGCGAGGUACCGCGGCAAGACGGCGAGGCGCUUGCGAAACAGUUUGGAUGUCCGUUCCUCGAGACAUCAGCCAAGACCCGAACGAACGUCGACAAAGCUUUCUUUGACCUCGUGCGGGAAAUUCGCCACUAUAACCGCAAUAUGCAAGGCCUCCCGUCCGGCGGCGGCGGCAACGGCGGCAACGGCGGCCCGGCUACCAAGAUGGAGAUGAACGAGGGCGAGGCCGAAGCUGGCUGCUGUGCCAAGUGCGUAGUCCUAUGAGACGGGCAAGCUCGAGGCGGGGAGAAGAGAAUACCGACGGCGGUAGGAGGGAUGCGUGGGAGGAGACCGCGAUCUCUCUUCCCAGGCUAUAUGAGUGUGAAGGUGUGGAUGCAUCCGACAUGAGCGCGAUGAACGACCUUGGCGGUUUCGAGACGUUACAUAUCGGUCCAAUCGAGGUGAAGUCGUUGCACGGAAACGGGACUCGAGGUCUUAUAGGUCGAUUAUGGGACCGAGCGACCACCGGUUAUC